UCUACAAAAUACAAUUACAAAAAAUACUUUCGAAACCCUAGGAUUCUGUCACUGAAUCUCCAGAUUCCUCCUUCCCUUCUUCUCCGACGAUAUCACAAAUUGCAAUCGCUCCCGCCUUUUAUCUCUAUCACUAUCUCUCUCUCCACCGUCGUAUGUUACUGCAGCAGUAAAUCGAUCGUCGCCGGCCACCAUUACUCACCUCUCAUUCCGCUCAACACACAGAGGAGCUAAGUUAGCUGUCUUGGCUGAAGAUUUCCUGCUAAUUAGAGCUUCCGUCGCUCUUGCUUCCUUGAAAACAGAGGGAUGGGAAGAUUACUCAAUGUUGACAACAAUUGAUUCAACACAGGUAUUGACUUUUUUUUGACGUUUCCUGGAAAAUGGUGUUAGAAGAUGCAAAGAAUUGAUUCAAAGGCACCAUAUUUGUGCCGAACCUUGUGUUCUAGAGUAAGCAUUUCUUCAACAGAGUUUGCUGACAUGCCAGAAAAUUCUGUGAAUCCGGCUGCUUUUGGGGACAAUACUAAAUCAGGACCUGACUUCUUUGGGUUGUAUAAGGGUGAGAUUGAUGCAUUACUGUCACAAGAUGAUAAUCUUCUGCCCCAUCUCCCUCCAGUUUCUCAAUUAUCUAGAGACGUUAAAAGGGUGGUUAGAGAAAAAGGCUCGAUGAAGAAGAGUUGCCAAACUGAAGGAAACAACACUACUACUGGUUCUGCUCCAUUGUUUUCUAAUGGAAUAGGAGCUCUACUUUCGGAUUUCAAAAGGGAAAGAUUACAGUUGUUGAUCAACCAGAGUGCUUCUACUCUCCCUCAAGAGAUAGAUGAGAUGGAGAAUCCUGUCCUUUCUGUUUGUCGGAUUCGUUCAUGCUUAAGCCACAAAGAAAAACUUCUAAGCUUGGAAGCAUCAACACAUACGACAGAUCAACGGCAGCAUCCUAAAAAGAAGGCCAAAGUUAUUCCUCCAUGUGCGGAUUUGGAAAGUGGACAGAUCCAGCUUGAUGAUGAUUUGCGGUUUAUUUUAGAGCAAGAUAGCUCUAAGGUGAAGGAGCUCAUGGAGAGCUACACUACUGAAAUUUCCACCACGCUGCAGCACAUGGAGACGAAGCUCGAAGAAAUUCUGAAUAGUGUAAUGACCACCUGCAGGGUGAUGACACUUGCUGAGAAGCAAGAGCUUCGUACACGGAUUCAGAAGUUACCAGCCACGAGUCUUGACCGUGUUGUGGAAAUCCUUGAACAGGACAAUCCUUCACAGAAGUACUUGGGCAGCAUAUUGAAUGUUGAUCUCAGCGUAUUGGGCAAUGUCACGCUGUGGAGACUAUACUUUUACGUUGCCACUGUUGAAGCUGCAAGCCUACAAGUCCUCCAAUGAGGCCGAAAGGCUGAUGCUGAAAGUCUUUGAGGUUGAGCAUUUUUAGUAAUCCCUCACCUUUUUGUGGAGUUGGUUUCGUCAUAGUUGUAAAUUUUCGGGAUAUAGAAUUUUGUCUUAUAAUGUACAGCUCAUGUUGGGUCC